AUGGCCGACGCCAUAGGACAGACCUCAUCCGAAGAGGAGCUGUCCAUGGAUACCUUCGACGAGCUUCCUCAGAGGGGAGGCUUACAUCACACUUCCUCAGAAGAAGAGGAUGACAGACCAGCUACCAAGAGGGACAACAAGUCCCUACAUAAGGACAUACGAUCCCUAAUCCAAGCAGACCUGGCGAUAAUCCGGGAAGACAUACACUCCCUCACAGGCAGAGUCAAACUGACAGAGGAAGAGGUCUCGGGCCUACUCACCUCACAAACCGCAAUGCAAGAGGCACAAGCAACAACUAGCCGGGCUCAGGAAAGUCUGGCAGCGAAGAUGGCGGACCUAGAAGACAAAAGCCUUGUGUCCUCCCUGGACAAAAUGGCGAUACUAGCAGCGGUACGGGACUCAGCCUGCGACUUCAAAUCACGCAUGCUCUCCUUUUAUUCCGACCUGUCUCGGGCCACCUUAAUGUGGAGACGCUCCAUGCGCCCUGUCACCGGUGUCUUACAGAGACAUGGCAUCCCCUCCAGAUGGGGCAACCCCUGCUCACUUCAAGUUACCAAAGAAGGAAUGCUACAUCACAUCACCGAAGCUGCAGAAUUUCGUAGCUUCCCCUGA